AUGAUCCCACCUCCCUCUCCUCUGUCCUCCACGGGGCGACUCUAUUUCCUUGAUGUCGGUAUUUCAACCGCGGACAUGAAUGGUCGAAUCCUCACCUGUCACCCAGACGGCUCCGACAUGCGUGAGCUCAUUACUCAAAUCAGAACAAUGCCGGAUGGAAUCGCCGUCGACCCUUCUAAUCAACACAUCUACUGGACGAAUAUGGGUAUACCAUCCGCCAACGACGGGUCUAUCCAACGCUGUGAUUUGUCUGGAAAGAAUAUCGUCACAAUCAUCCCUCAAGGCUGGACACAUACACCCAAGCAAUUGAUUAUUGCGCCAGUGUCGAAAAAGCUGUAUUGGUGUGAUCGAGAGGGUACGAGAAUUAUGCGAGCAAACAUGGACGGCAGUGACAUUGAGGUACUCUACCGAACUGGGUCCGAAAAUACCGUCCAACAAUCUCCCUUGGAUUGGUGUGUUGGUAUUGCCGUUGACGAGGAAUCCAAUACUAUCUUUUGGUCGCAAAAAGGAUCGUCCAAGAGCAAUAAGGGCAGAAUUCUGUUCAUGGGCCUCGAUUUGAGAAUUGGCGAAUCGCCCGAAAACAGAUCAGAUGUCCAAUGCCUUUUGAAUAGCCUCCCAGAACCCAUUGAUCUGGAGUUGGACCACAUGUCAAAGACACUGUAUUGGACCGAUCGGGGUGAUCCCCCGCGUGGAAACACAGUGAAUUCAGUGGUUCUUGCCGAUCUGCCACUGAACGCGUUACAACCAAAGAUAUUGGUUCGUAAGCUCCAUGAAGCUAUCGGGAUCUCAUUGGAUUCGAAAAACGGUCGAAUGUUCUUUGGUGAUCUUGGAGGGUCUUUGUAUAGCUCGAACUUGGAUGGCUCGUGUAAAACCACCAUACUACCUGACAUGGGAGGUGCGAUAACUGGAGUUGCCUAUGCUGAAUAA